AUGGAAAAUUUCCAUAUUCCUGGUUUUCUUCUUGUUAUUUUCUUGUUUCUUGUUCCACUGUUUCAUGGAGCACCUGCAGCCAAAGCUGAAAAAACAGAAGAUGGAUCAGAAGUUUGGGGAUAUGUUCAAGUCCGGCCAAAAGCUUACAUGUUCUGGUGGUAUUACAGAAGUCCAUACAUUGUUCAAGAUUCAAACAAGCCAAGGCCUGUAAUUCUUUGGCUCCAGGGAGGUCCUGGUGCAUCUGGAGUUGGGAUUGGAAAUUUUGAAGAAAUAGGACCUUUAGAUAAUAAUUUGAAGCCUAGAAACUCAACAUGGCUUAAACAUGCUGAUCUCCUAUUUGUUGAUAAUCCGGUUGGUACGGGAUACAGUUACGUUGAGGAUACUAAACUGUUUGUGAAAACUGAUGAUGAAGCAGCCACUGAUUUAACUACACUGUUGAUAGAAGUUUUCAACAGAAAUGAGAGCCUUCAGAAGAGUUCUCUAUAUAUUGUAGCGGAGUCUUAUGGAGGAAAGCAUGCUGUUACUCUUGGAUUAUCAGCUCUCAAGGCAAUAGAGGCUGGAAAACUAAAGCUCCAACUUGGAGGAAUUGCAUUGGGAGACACUUGGAUUUCACCAGAAGAUUUUGUGUUCUCAUGGGGUCCUCUUCUCAAAGAUGUUUCAAGAAUUGGCAGCAAUGGCCUGAAGGAAUCAAAACGUCUUGCGGAGAAAAUUAAACAACAAAUUGACGCCGGUAAAUUUGUAGAAGCAACAGACUCUUGGAAUGAACUUGAGAAUGUUAUUGACGCUAGCACCAAUUCAGUGGAUUUCUUCAAUUUUCUUCUGGAUUCAAGCAGUGAACGUUUAUCGUUGACAGCUUCUGAGCUAUCCCGACAAAUUGAGAGGAAACGAUACUCUAAGUACGUGAAUUCCUUGAGGUCUAAUGCUGAUGGUGACGGAGAUCUCGAUAGCCUGAUGAACGGGGCUAUUAAAAAGAAGUUAAAGAUUCCGGAUAAUGUUCAAUGGAGAGGGCAAUCAGAUCCUGUUUUCAGUGCACAAGAAGGGGAUUUCAUGAGACCUAGGAUCAAUGAGGUUGAUGAACUGUUGGAGAAAGGAGUCAAUAUUACUAUCUAUAAUGGUCAACUCGACCUCAUUUGCUCAACCAUGGGAACUGAAGCCUGGGUUGAAAAACUCAAAUGGGACGGGUUGCAAACGUUCUUGAGUAUGAACCGAUCACCAAUCUUUUGUAAUGGAGAAAAAACCACAAAGGGCUUCACCAGAUCAUACAAGAAUUUACAUUUCUAUUGGAUUCUUGGUGCUGGCCAUUUUGUACCUGUUGAUCAGCCAUGUGUGGCAUUGAACAUGGUAGGUAGCAUCACACAGUCAACAGUUACAUCAAAAUAG